AUGGCAACAUCAUCAUCAUCAGGUAAUAUACCUGAUGUAUUACCAUCACAAGUAUUAAGUGUUAAUCCAAGUUUACCUACAAAUAAACUUCUUGAUAAUUUAACAAAAAAUCAAAGACUUUUACAAUCUUUACCACAAAAUUAUGAAAAACGACAUUUUUUUACAGGAUUAUUUAAAACAUUACUUGAUGAUUUUUUUUAUUCACAUGAACGUGCUGAUAUACAACUUUAUGCAGCUAUAUGUCUAGCGGAUAUUAUUCGUAUAUAUGCACCUAAUUUACCUGAUGCAUCACCAGAAAAAAUGCUCAAUAUGUUUCUUUUUCUUGCUCGUCAAUUACUUGGAUUAAAAAAAAUUGAUGAUACAUUAUUUACACGACGAUAUUAUUUACUUGAAAAUUUAAGUAUGGUUCAAUCAUUUAUACCAGCAGUUAAUCUUGAAGAUAAUCGAGGUUGUCAAAUAAGUACAGUUGUAUUUAAUAAUUUAUUUAAUGCUGUACAAAAAAAACAUUCAGAUCAAUUAAAAAAUUUAAUGAUUGAAAUUAUUUCAGUUAUUUUAGCUGAAUAUGAAACAAUACCAUUUUCAUUAUUAGAAAUACUUUUUGCAAGAAUUAUUGAUCCAGAAAAGAAAUUACGUGAAGAAUGUUAUGAAUUAGUUGAAGCAAUUAUACGUCGAUGUGAAUCAUUCCUUAAACCAGUUAUAGCUGAUUAUUUCAAAGCUGUUCUAAUAACAGAAGAUAUUGAAUCAUUACAUUUACAUACAAAAAUUUAUAAUAUAUUUGAUGGAUUAUGUCAUAUAUCAGAAACAAUUGUUGAUGAACUUAUACCAACAAUUGAACAUCGUUUAACAGUAUCAAAUGAAAAACAUCGUCGUGAUGCUGCAAAAAUUAUAGCUUAUGUAACAAGUUCAUCAAAUAAUGAUUUUGCACAAAAAUAUAAAACUUUAUGGAAUACAUUUCUUGAACAAUUAAAAACUGGAACACCAGAAAUUCAAUCGACAUGUAUUAAAUAUUUAAAAAGUUAUUUUAUUAAUCAUCCAGAAUUAAUAACAGAUCUUGAAGAUGUAAUGGUUCAUUUAAGUCUUUCAACUGAUACAAAUAUACGUUUACAAUUAAUGAUACAAAUUCGUGCUAUAACAAAUUCAAAUCUUCUUGAUAUAAGUGAUAAAAUGAAACAAAUUUUAUGUGAACGUGCAAGAGAUAAAAUUUGGGAAGUUCGUAAAGAAGCACUUGAUUAUUUUGGACAUGUUUAUAAAAAAGAAUGUAUUAAUGCUAAUUGGUCAAAUGACAUACAAAAACAAUUAACAUGGGUUGCAAAUUGUAUUAUACAUUUGUAUUAUCAAACAGCUACACAAGACAAAUUAUUAGCCGAAAGACUUUUGACUUUUUAUUUAAUGCCAUGGGAUGUUAAUACAGAUGAUAAAGUACGAGUUUUAUUAACAUUAUAUUCAAAUGUUAGCGAAAAUGCUCAACGAGCAAUUCGUGAAAUGAUUCAUAGCAAAUUUUUACUUCGUCGUCAAUUAGAUAAAUUAAUUGAUUUAUGUUUACAAAUGGCUGAUCUAAAUAUAACAAACGAUGAAAAACAAUUAAUUGAAUUAAAACUUGUUAAUCUUAUUCAUGCUAUUGCUUUACGUUGUUUACCAAAUCCAGAUAAAAAUGAAUUUGUAUUAAAAGCAUUUGCUAUAUAUGCAAUUAAAAAUCAUAAACAAUCAUUAAUAAAUAAUAAUGAAUCAAGUAUUCUAUUAAUAUUUAGACAAGCUAUAUCAGAUGGAAUUAAAUCAAAAGAAUGUUAUGCAUUAGCUAAUGCUAUCGGACAAAUGUUAUUAGAUGAAGCAGCAAAAGAACAAAAACGUUUUCCAACAAAUACAACUGAAGAACAAAUAACAACAAAUAAUGAAAAUAAUUUACAUGGACAAUUUACAAAAAUGUGUGGUUUAAUAAAAAUGAUGUUUGAAAAAAUUUCAACACUUUUAUUUGAUCAAGAAACAGUUAGUAAAUUACUUAAAUUUAUAUUUGAACUAGUAUCAAAUGAACCAGAACAACCAACAUCAUAUUAUGAAAAUAUUAAUCAAUUAUUAAAGGUAUUUAUUCAACAUCCAUUUAUUUUCAAUUCUCCAGAAUCACUUGAAUUUCUUUGUAAUCUAUUAAAACAACAUGUACUUGAAUUAGCUCCUAUACUUUUACGUACAAUUGAAGCAUGUGGACCAUUAAUUAUUACAUCAAAUCAAAGUAACAUGCUAACUCUUCUUGAUUCUGAACUUUCAACUUAUUUAACUCUUCAUCCACCAAUUGCAAAACGUGCACUCUAUUGUAUAUGUGCAUUACAUCCAAAUAAAAAAGAUGAUAUACUUAAAAAAAUGAUUGAUGAUACACAAUAUGAUCAAUUUGAUAGUGAUCAAUUUAUAACUCGACUUGUUUUACUUGGUCAUAUGUUAAAAAUAUCUCCAAUAGCACUUGGUGAUAUUGGUAAACGUAUACUUAAUAAUAUAUCAAAAUAUAUUAUUGAUAAACGACAAAUAAAUGAUAAUGAUGAUGAAAAUAUGACAAGUUCAUUUUUACAUGGACAUUUUACUUUAUUAGCUGAUGAACCUCAUUCUGAUCCAGAAAUUGGUGCUGAUACUCGUGUUAAACGUGAAUUAGUUAAAGCAUUGACACGUGCAGUAUUAGGUUUACGUGAAAAUUCAGCUGGAUUAUUUAUUGUUACAUAUAAAUUAAUACGAAAAUCUAUUGAAAAAGAUCAAGAUUUCACAGAUGAAAUGAGUGAAAGUGAAAUAAUUUAUAUUCGUCUUUGUGGUUUAUCAUGUUUAUUAAAAUUAAUUUGUCAUCCAUAUUUUUAUACACGUAUAAAACCUGAUGAUUUUCUUAUGAUAAUGACAUUACUUCGUGAUCCAUCAUCAACUAUACGUCAACGAACAUAUCGUAAAUUAGCUGAACAAUUACGUGAUCCUGUAUGUCCUAUUGAAUUACUUGCUUUAUUAGCAUUUGCUGCUAAAGAACCUGAACGUGAACAUCGUGAACAAAUUCGUCGUUUAAUGUUACAAAUAAUUGAUACACGUCGUGAACAUAUUAAACUUCAAUUAUCAUAUAAAACAACUUCAAAAACAAAUGGUCAUCAACAAACAAAUGGUUUUGAUGAUGAUGAUGAUGAUGAUGAUGAUAAUAAUAAUUGUUCAUCAACAAAUGAUGAUAAACCAAUUGAUUAUACAUUAUAUCCUGAAUAUUCAUUAACAUAUUUUCUUUAUUUUCUAUCAAAAUCACCAGCAUUUAUAUUAUAUGAUGAUAUUGAAAUGUUACAUACAAUGACAGAUUAUAUAUUAUUUUUAUUAGAUGCUUUAUUAUUACGUUGUGAUACAACAGUUGGUUUAUUUUAUAAAGGUUUAUUACGUUCAAUAAAAUCAUCUGAAGAUGCAACAAUAUCAUCAGAUAAAGAAGAAAAAGCUGAAAGAAAAGAUGCAUUAAAAAAAUUACAUGUACUUGUUGAUUUAGCUUAUGUUAUAUUAUCACAACGUGCAUCAUCAUUAAUGAUAUGUCGUGCUAGUUCAAAUGUUCCAUUAUCAGAUAUAUAUUUUAAAAAAACACGUUAUAAUCAUUUAUCAUAUUUACCAAAAGAUUUUAAAAUCAAACUUAAACCAAUAACAAUAACAACAGUUAGUGAUACAAUAACACCAAUUAAUAAACGUACAAAUAUAAGAAAUUCUAAUGAUAUAAAUACAUCAUCAAGUAUAACAAUUAUAACAACACCAACAAAAUCUAUAAAACAAAAACGAAUAAGUGGAGAUAAUGAAGAAGAUAAUUCAAUGAAAAAAAAACGAACUUUACCAAGUAUAAAAAAACGUAAACGUCAAACGAGUAAUGAUGUUAAUGAAGAUCAAGUAACUAAUUCAAAUUCAUCACCAGUUAAUGGUACUAACAUUCGAAAAACUUCAAUAAAUAGUUCAAAUCGAUCUCGUGUUAAUUUUCCAUAUGAAAAACCUCAAUUACGUUCAGCAUCAUCAUCAUCUUCAUCACCAUCACCAUCACCUAAAACAAAUCGUCGUACAACAACAAAAGAUAAAAUUUCAUCAUGA